CAAAAAGUACGAAGACCGGUCUACUUCAGCGACUGUCUCGACCAUUGCAUAGCAUUACGCCGCAGCGAGCCUGCGAAAAUCCAGUAGUCAGAGCCGACAAACGCAUCAGAGUCGCGAGGCCAACGCCAUUCAGCGAUACAUCAAAAUUAGCCUCGAUUAUCCCGAUAUUACACCAACGCCGCCAUCCGCCCCAGAUCUUCCAUUGCGACUAAAUCGCCAACUGCCCUCUCCCGCGUCGACAUUUCUUGCACUAUAGAGAGAAAUGAGAAGAUAGUACGAAGAGGCUAGCACAGAAUCAACUCCAAACAUGCCAAAAAUACAGUCCAAGAAACGCGCCGCCGGCGGCGGAUCAUCGACGCCUUACUCCAAGUCGAGCAAAGCGGCGUCCUCGAACGCAACAUCCAAUGCAAUCUUCAAGAUGAACACAGACAUCGGUCAGCACGUAUUGAAAAACCCUGGAGUGGCACAAGCGAUUGUGGACAAGGCGGACCUAAAACAAUCCGACAUUGUGCUAGAAGUCGGCCCCGGAAGCGGCAACUUGACGGUCAAGAUUUUGGAGAAGGCGAAGAAAUGCAUAGCAGUGGAACUGGACCCGCGAAUGGCGGCCGAAGUGACGAAGCGUGUACAGGGAACACCGCAGGGAAAACGGCUGGACGUCGUCCUGGGGGAUGUGAUCAAGACCGACUUGCCCUACUUCGACGUCUGCAUCAGCAACACGCCCUACCAGAUCUCGAGUCCGCUAACGUUCAAAUUGCUCGCCACCAGCCCGGCGCCACGGGUAUGCAUACUCAUGUUUCAGCGAGAAUUCGCCAUGCGUCUGUUCGCCAAACCGGGCGGCAAGCUAUACAGUCGACUCAGUGUGAACGCGCAGAUGUGGGCCAAGAUCGACCAUAUCAUGAAAGUAGGCAAGAACAACUUCAAGCCACCGCCCGCGGUCGAAAGCAGUGUCAUCCGCAUGGUGCCCAAGAAUCCACGACCCAACAUCUCGUAUGAGGAGUGGGAUGGACUGUUGCGGAUCUGUUUUGUCCGGAAAAACAAAACUCUCAGAGCCAAUUUUUUGGGGACGACCAGCAUAAUGAAUAUUCUCGAGGCCAACUAUAGGACAUGGUGCGCUCAGAACGAUGUUCCUCUGGAAGAAGGGCCGGCUGAGGACGACCAGAUGGAGGUGGAAGGGGAGGAUGCGCAAGAAGAUCCUGCCGGUGAGGAUGAUACCUGGGACGGGCUUAUGGACGUCGACGCCGAUGAGGAUGGUGACGAUCUUCCAGCCUUCUUCAAGGACCAGCAAUCAUCUCUGCUCAAGGCAGCGGCAAAAGGCUCGAAUCGAAAGCGAAAAGGCAAGGUUGCUGAGCUUGUGCGUGAGAAAGUCCGCUCCGUGCUUGAAGACAAGACCCAGCUGGCGGACAAGCGAGCACGAAUGUGUGACGAAGGCGACUUUUUGAAACUACUCUGGAAUUUCAACCAGGAGGGAAUCCAUUUUCGAUGAUCAAAAAAAGCAUCAACAUCAUCGACCACAGGGAAAACUUUACGCAAUAUCCGAGCCUUGCAAUGCGUCUCGGCUUUCCUUUGUGGCACACAAGACCUUUCUCCCCUUGAAGGUCUACGUUUACGGGUCAUCUGAUGGCGUUACGUCUUCCGUCCAUGUUGUCCUCAGGAUAAUGCUGCAAGAUUCCGCCGCUCUACUGCAGCCAGGGGAGGUCUGGGGAUGACAUUGAGGAUCUAUUGACAGGCUCACUACAUUCCCCAGAAGCGACGGUGAUUGAGCUAACAUGGGCUGACGAUGCCUAGCAGCCAGCAUGAACAUGGCCCGAGGACAAGUUGAGGACUUCCGCCGACCACAACUGUGGCCCAGGUCUAUUAGAGAUCUCCCAGCUAUGAUGGCCUGGUGGUUGCAAUGGUAGCACUGCGAAUGGAUCAAGGAAGCUCUGUGCAAGCCGCGAGCGUCCAAACACAGAAAGGAUCCGCGACACAGCCCGACUGGAUCGCGUUUUCACAAUGAUGACGUUCAAGGCGGACUAAGAGUAAAUUACGACUUUGCUUCAUUUUGAUUCGCGGCAAGCGAUGCAUGACACGUUGGUAUGGUUUGGCAUUGGUACUGGUGCAAGUUACCUACAUAUCAUUCCAACAUUGCCACACAUGGCCAUCCUGACCUCGAGGGGCAGGCAACAUCCAGUCACGCAGCCAGCCAGCCAGCACCCCUGAACGGAAGGUGUACCUCAACCCCAUCAUACCUCGCACGCCUUUUAUCUGGUCUAGCCUGACUGGAAGGAGGAAACGGAUCAGACGAGUUCAGAUGAGCUGAGAUCAGAUGAGAAUUCUUUCUCUGGCCUUUGUCUGUGUUCUAUUGGGGUAUGGACGAAAUGAAAUGAGGUGCAAUGAGAUUGCCAUCAAACUCAGACUCAUCAGCCCAGACCAAAGCCGAACCGAACCGGAUCAGACCAAACACUUUCGCGCCAAGAUGACUUUCGUCUCCUGCAGUAGGCUCUUCCAAACAGAGGCGGAGGGAAAAGUGUCUGAAGGACAAAAAGAAAUUGAGAGAUCAAUAACAGUCAGUCGAGGGAGCAGGCAGACCCACCGCAUGCAAGUUGUAUGCGGGUGUCUGUCCCAGAGCACUCGCCUACAGUAGAUAAGUACCUAUCUUCCAGAUAGUGAACGAAAUACAAGAAAGAGCCUCCUCUCUCUACCUACUCAUCCGUUGGCCUGAUUUUCAAUCUUGCGUAUGUGGAGAUAGACGGAGAUAGAAUGGUUUCCAGAACCACAUAUUUACUAUACCAAUUUCCACGUGGAAUCGAAUCAGGAACAUUUGAUACCAGCACACUUUUUUCGCUAUGCGUGGGGAAUCCAACAGUGUAGUUGUAUACAUACUUAUAUUCCUGAGAUAGCUGGUAGACCCCAUACAUAUUCCCAAUACACCCACUGGCAUAACACUCG